AUGAGUGACCACACCAUCGACUCAGAAGAGGUGGAAAGGUACUCGACUGACAUGGUUGCACCCCUCAGCAUCUCCAAAUCGCCUAGGAAAUUGCGCACCACCAUCUUCGGCCAUAGUCGCCAAUCGUCUUCGCGAGCUCUUUCGAUACGGUCACAGGCACAGUCGCAGAUAUCACCUCCAUUGACGCCUAUUACAGUAGACGACUCGACAGCAGAACCUCUUCCUGCGCAGCCUGUUUUCCACCACUAUCUGCGCGCCUUCUACCACUACCUCCCAGCUUCUACCGUAUCCUCGUCGACAGAUGAAUCGUCGAUAACAGUAGCGAUCCAGCAGGGCGACGUCAUCCUGGUACAUUCCGUACAUCCCAAUGGGUGGGCUGAUGGUACUUUGAUCGGCUCCGGAGCACGUGGGUGGCUGCCCACAAAUUACUGCGAGCCAUACGACCAUCCUACGAUUCGCAACUUACUCAAUGCACUGACGCAUCUAUGGGACCUCGUUCGAGACGGCGAGAGCGGAAACCUGGAUGCAUUCACAAGGCAGGACUACGUUCGAGGGAUGAUUGCCGGUAUACGAUUCUUUCUAGAAAGAACCGACUGUCUUUCAAGAGACUCGACCUUGAUCGUGGCGCAUGUCGGCUUGCGGCGCAUGCGAAAAGGGCUUCUGGGUGAUUUGUCCACACUCGUCAAGACCGCGAAGAAGCUGCAAGAAACACUACAGUCCAACGAGGAUGCGGUGUCAGUAUUCGGGCAGCUGGAUGAGCUCGUGCUGAAGUCUUUUAAGCUUGUGACACGAGCGGUCCGAUUUCUCGAUAUCUGGGCAACAGAUGCUGUGUCCUUGUCGCUCGAGCUGAACCACGGGAACACUCAUCGCCCAUUGACACCGCCGGCAGACUCUGCUGACGCUGUCGUGCUACCGUCAUCGGCGCCAAUUCGAGUAGAGGAUGACAGUCUACUGGCGAAUGGAAGCGAAUCUCCAGUAACACAAGCCCCCAAUCUAGCGCACGAUAACCCGGACGCCACGACGACAGGUCAGCCACCACGCAACCUCAAUCGUCUCUCGGUUGCAUUUUCCCUACCCUCGGAAUCAGACGUACUCCACUCGCCCACCUUGUCCACUCAUCCUCAGACCCAAGUCAAGAGACUCUCCGUCACCCACCGACUGUCGUACACAGGAGCUUCGCCAGGUGCUCGAAAGGAGAACCUUGUUUCGGAACGGCUGAACGCCGCUCAAGACUCAUUCCUGGGAUUCAUUGGAUCUUUUAUUGGGUUGCAUCUGCAAUCGAGGUCUUCGGAUGAGCUGGCGCAUAUCACCCAGCAAUCCGUCGUUGCUUGUCGCCAGCUCCUUACCGUUGUCGAAGAAGUAUGGGAACGCGACUCGAGAAGAUCGAAAGCUUUGGAAGAAACACGCGACGUCAUGUACCUGCGACUUACCGAGCUAGUACAGGCUACGAAAGAUAUGUUCAAUGCCUCCGAUGCCGACAUGGACGAGGUGGUCUUUACACCAAGUUCCGGUAAACAGCUCGUCGCUGCCGCCACUAGUUGUGUUCGGUCUGCUGGCGACUGUGUUGCCAAAGCUCGAUUGGUCAUCGAGAAGACUGGUGACUUUGAGUUGGACGCGGCCGGUCCGGGACUGUCACAUGAGCCUCAGGAGGACCUUGAUGCGACCCAAAAAAUCUCAGAGUGUAUACUGGAGACCGACAAGCCACUGCCGGCACCACCGGCCGAAGAUGAACAAGCCUUGCCGCCUUCUGUGGUCCUUGAGUCGAAACCCUUGCCGGAUAUUCCAAAGCAGUCGUCUUCGGAUACGGACAGCUUGGAAUUGCCGCCCACUAUUCCUGCAGCGGUUGCUGAAAGCCCAGAAAGUCCGACGGCUCUCUCGUUUACCUCAUCCUUGCAGCCCCUCAGCGAAGACCAUGCUAUCACUUCAGCUCAACUUGCGACGUACGAGCUUACGGCAUGUCCUACAGGUGUCACGCAGCCACCAACCACCAAAACAGCCCGGAGUGACAGUGUCAAUGCUUCAGUCGCGGACUCGAACAGUACGUUUCACUUCAGCAUUAGCAAUGGCAGCGUUGUUUCGCACACGUCUACUCGCGCAACGACCCCGGAUCACCACGUACCUUCCAAGAAACAGAGCUUCCAGACACUUCUCAGUAGCUUCGGCAGUUCUUCCGAACUUCGCUCGUUGGCAAACGAAGACGUUGCGGCUGGUGAAGAACAUUUGCUGGAGACGACAUACGUCCAUGAGCUCGCGUACAACAAGGAAGGUCAGAUCUCUGGUGGCUCUCUUCCUGCGCUCGUGGAGCAGCUCACUACACAUGAGGCCACUCCUGAUGCUGUUUUUGUCACUACCUUCUACCUUACGUUCCGCCUCUUCACGACGCCAACAGAACUAGCGCAGAGCCUCAUCGAUCGCUUCGACUACAUAGGAAACAGCCAAACGGUCGGCGUUCCAGUUCGCCUCAGGGUCUACAACGUUUUCAAGGGCUGGCUGGAGAGCCAUUGGUCAGCUGACAGCGAUUCAGUCGCCUUGGGCUUAAUAUUGUCGUUUGCGACUGGGAAGCUCCGGGCAUGUCUACCAACAGCAGGCAAACGUCUUGCAGAGCUAACCUCCAAGGUCACUGAGGUUCGUGCAGGAGCUCUCGUGCCCAGACUUGUCUCUUCUAUUGGCAAGACUGGCAUCUCCACUACGAUCUUCUCAACCAACGACAGCAAUGCGCCAUCGCCAAUCGUCACUAAAGGCCAGCUCAACGCUCUCAGAGCAAGCAAAGAAGGCCGUGGGCAGUGCAACAUUCUGGACUUUGAUCCCAUGGAACUGGCUAGGCAAUUCACCAUAAUCGAAUCCAAACUCUUCUGCGCCAUUCAGCCCGAAGAGCUCUUGGCUCUGGAGUGGACCAAGAAGAGUGAUUCCAAGGCAGUCAACGUCAAGGCAAUGUCAAAGUUGUCGACUGACCUAGCCAAUCUGGUUGCAGAUACGAUCUUGCACCUGGAAGACGCAAAAAAGCGAGCUGUUAUGAUUAAGCACUGGGUCAAGAUCGCCGCAAAAUGCCUGGAGCUAAACAAUUACGACUCCCUCAUGGCCAUCAUCUGCUCUCUCAACUCUUCGAUGGUUAUGCGUCUGAAGAAGACUUGGGAGCUCGUCUCCGUCAAAACCAAGGUCCGACUGGACGAGCUGAAGACAAUCACUGAUGUUGGGCGCAACUACGCUGUCCUUCGUCAACGACUACAAAACCACGUUGCACCGUGUAUUCCGUUUGUCGGGAUCUAUCUCACCGAUCUUACGUUCGUCGAUGUCGGCAAUGGCACUACUCGGCAACUUCCUGGCGAGUCUGGAACUGACAGCAAGUCUGUAAUCAACUUUGACAAGCACAUGAAGACGGCCAAGAUCAUUGGCCAGUUGCAGUCAUUCCAGGUGCCGUAUCAUCUGGCCGCCAUUCCAGAGAUGCAAGACUGGAUGGAAGCACAGAUUCAGCGAGUGCGGUUGAGCGAUCAAGCCAAUGUUCAGAGCUACUAUCGCCGCUCACUCCUCCUCGAGCCACGGGAGCUUCAACAUGCUCUCAGAGGGUCUCCAUCUGUGGACAACAGUGCCCAGAGCACGCUCACAGCUGAGAGCCGCACUACCUCCAGGGAAAAAUUCGAGUUCCUCAACUUCAACUUUUCCAACAACAGCCUGAUGAAAGGCUCAUAG